ACAGAACAUUAACCAACCAGCCCGGCAUAACAGAGAUCGUCGUAAUGUUCCAGGGUUAGGUGCAUAAUGUGACGUAACGUAAUAUAAUGUGGGAUGAGUAGAGGGAGGAGGAUGGAGCUGUUGCGCGGGGAGGGCGAGGCGAAAGAAGCAAAAGCAGAAACCACGUGGAAAGACGGGACUCGAGGGGAAUGGCACACACGGGGUGGAUCAUACGCUCGACGAGCAAUUCCAUGGUUACAGGGUCAAAGGAAGUUUGCCGUGGCUCGCAAGAGAAUUUGUUUUUCGGUUUUUUGGUUGAGCUGGUGGAAGGUGGUUCAAGGAGCAUGGAAGGGAUAUAUGCAAUAUUUCCGUGGAAUUUUCGAAACGAGAUUCGCUUUGCGUACGCGUGUUUGGUCGGCGGAUUAAUUCAUCGUACAGUGGUGGCCUCUGUCCGGCAGCUGUUUCAAGGCAGAUUUCGUUGUUCCGUACGAUUUGAGCCGUGGCUUUUAACGUUAAUAAUAUUGAGGGUGAAUGGUGAUUUAAUGGCCGACAAAGGGUGUGUAACUAUUGUUACGAAUUUGUAGGGACAAAAGGCGUCUUUGAGAGAGAUUCGGAAAUUGUAUAAAGUAAAACUUGUUCGAUUAUGAUAUUUACGUAGAGUGUUCAUAAUAGUUUGAUUUUUUAAAUCUUAAUUUUAGGGAAUACUUCGAGAGAAAGUUAAUCGAUAUUUUCAAUUAAUUACAGAGAUAAAAAUUUAAGAAAAAGGAAAAUUUUUUAUUA